CUGUUGUUUUGGGGGAAGCGAAUGUGUGCAGGACCAGGAUGUUCUGCCGGCUUUUCAUCAUGGAGGCGUCUACAGGGUGAUUUCUGAAGGAGACUCAUUUCUUCGUACGGCCGUCAGCAUAAAUGAUAUUUAUACGCGAUAGAAGUUGACUGAAGAACGUCUGUGAAUAAAGCAGAGCCACUCUUCGGGUCGGUUAACACAAAUGCAUUGAACUCAAUUCAUUUAAAAUUCAACUCAUUCAGUCAGUCAGCAUCACAAUCGUCUUCCACAACAAAAUAUAUCCUGUUCUGUUCCCUGAAAGUCGGCGUGAUGCCUCGACCAUGAAGUGUGCUCGCUGCUUGCUCCAGCUGCAGUGUCUCAGACUGGUGGGCCAGUCAGCCAGGUCUGCUGCCCAGCAUGGUGCUCUGCUCCGGUCAGCCUCCUCCAGUCAGCCUGACAUGCUACAUAACACCCAGGUGUUGAGGCGUUUCCACGGCAGCCCAGCAUGUGCCAAGAGUCGACCCGUACCUGCAGAGUUCAUCAAUGAGGACGACAAGAAGAGGGACGAGAAGUCUCUGGUCGCCCAUGACGACCUGUUUGAGCAGGUGGCCAAAGAGGUGAAAACCAAGGCCACGUUUAACAAAGUGGUGGACGUCUUCAUCAAGAGAGACAUCAGGCGGCGGGGUCACGUGGAGUUUAUCUACGCCGCGUUGAAGAAGAUGCCGGAGUUUGGCGUGGAGAGAGACCUGGCCGUCUACAACAAGCUGCUGGAUGUUUUCCCCAAAGAGGUGUUUGUGCCCAGGAACUUUAUCCAGCGAAUGUUCAACCACUAUCCCCGGCAGCAGGAGUGCGGAGUGCAGUUACUGGAACAGAUGGAGAACUAUGGUAUCAUGCCCAACAUGGAGACCAAAGUCCUGCUGGUCCAGAUCUUUGGGGAGAAGGGCCACCCCAUGAGGAAGUACCAGCGCAUUAUGUACUGGUUCCCCAAAUUCAAACACAUAAACCCCUUCCCCGUCCCCCAGCAGCUGCCUGAAGACCCAGUGGACUUGGCCCGCUUCAGCCUCACUCGCAUCGCUAAUGACCUGGAUGCGAAAGUCACCGUCUACCAGCUGCCCUCUACAGACAUUACAGAGAGCGGAGAGCAGAUCACACUGCCACAUAUAGUAGGCAUCCAGAGCCCCAGCCAGAUGGAGCUGCUGGCCCAGCACAGCCCCAGCAGGCCCGUGUUUGUCGAGGGCCCCUUCCCUCUGUGGCUGAGGAAGACGUGUGUGUACUACUACGUCCUCAGGGCUGACCCCACGCCGCCUGACGAGAAGGUUGAGGAGCCCUUUGACCCAGAGAGGUGUUUGGCCUUCCCUCUGCAGCUAGACCUGGAUCUGGACCGUGACUUUGGGGACGAGGAGAGCUUCGAUGUGGAAGACUUGGAUGAGGGUCCGGUCUUUGCCAUGUGUAUGACCAGCCAGGGAGACCAGGCCGUCCUCAACCAGUGGAUCUCUGGCCUCCAGCAGAACAACCCCAUCCUGGGUCAGGUCCCCACUCUGUUCCGCCUGGACCCUGGGCCCCGGGAGCUGCAGGGGCCGGCUGACACCGAGUCAGCCCACCACCACAGGACAGACAGGCCCCAGAGAGAGGAGAGACAGCCUGAAGAAGACGAAGAGCCGAGGAGAAGCCAGGGGGCCAAGUGGUGAAUAUCAGUCAGACUGUGAAAUCCUGUCUAGUAUAUAUAGCUGAUUUAGAAGUCUAUGUCCAUGCUGGGGUAGUGUGAGCUACUGGUUCAUUUAAUUGGGGAACACACCAACUGAGAGAGGAGGACUCUGAAUAAUGCUUGUAAGAUUCAGAAAUCCAAUAAAUUAAAUUAAACAAAAAA